CGUCAAUUCAGCGUUCGUGACGUCAACGUGGACCGACCACCACACUUCAUGAUAUUCGUCUCCGAUGAUAAACAAAAAUCUUUUAUCAUCACAAGUCACACAACUAUAAACAAGUUCGCGAAGUCGCGACAUUCGGCCGUGAAUGUACUUCUCGCAACCAAAGUUCUAGAUCUCGUCCAAAGUCGAAUCAUUCGAGUUUUCUGUUCACGCCGUUGUUCCGUUCAUUCCCGUCAAUAUGGCUCAAGCUCCAUUCCUCAAUCCGACUCUUCCGUUUAUCGGACCAAUCCAAAACGGUUUAAAACAAGGAACGUUGCUCAGCUUCCAUGGUACAUCAUUCCCGUCUUCAAACAGGGUCUGCAUAAAUUUACAAAUAGGUCCGAGUGUUGCUCCUCGAGACGCUGUCGCCCUAUUUGUCGCUUUAGACUUCAACCGCAACUUGAUUGUCAGAAAUUCUAUUCAAGCACAAAAUUGGGGCGUAGAGGAAACUCACGGUCCACCUGUGGCUCUCAUUCGAGGCCAGCCAUUCAAAUUGGAUAUAUUGUGCGAUACUUAUGAUUAUAAAAUUGCAUUCAAUGGAUCCCACUACGCAGAAAUGAAACACAGGAUACCUUUUCAAAGUGUGUUUUAUUUAGCUAUUGACGGAGAAGCACAAUUACAUAGUAUACAUAUAAAUUCUGCUGGAAGUACACAGUUUGGUGGUCCGUCAAUGCCAAUGCCUGGUAAUCCACCUGGGUAUAUGCCAAUGCCCGGACAGAUGCCAGUCCCUGGACAAAUGCCCAUGCCUGGACAGAUGCCUAUGCCUGGUAGCUAUGCGCCUGGACAUAUACCAUCAGCAGGUCAUAUGCAUAUGCCUGGAGCACCACCUGGAACUGUUCCGCCUUAUGCUUCUGGUUAUAGUGCCUAUCCUGGUCAAACACAUAAUUCGCCUUAUUUACAGAAACACACAAGUUCACCGAUUAAAAAUGCUAUCAAUCAAGGAUUAACUAAUUAUGCUCUAACUGGACAUAUUAGCCCUCGUAAGGCAGCAAAAGCUCAAAGAAAACAAGCCAAAAAAGCUCUGAAAUAUGGUAUCCCUGUAGCUGGAGUUGCUGGAGCUGGUGUUGGUGCUUAUGCCAUGCACAAAGCUCAUAAGCAUAAAGGGUAUAAACAUAAAAAGGGUUCAAAGUCAUCAAGCAGUAGCAGUAGUAGCAGUAGCAGCAGCAGCAGCAGUGAUUGAAUGAAUGUUAAUUACAUAUUUUAAAGUUGCUGGUUAACAAUUUUAUUGCUU